GCCCGUGCCCUGAGCCGCCCCCGCUCCGGGGCUCAUUGCCGGGCCCCCGCUGGAGGAACCCGCGCCGGGAGCGGCUCGGCCGCGGGACACCGCGCACGGCGGGGAACAUCCUCUUCAUCCUCCCGCUGCCGAGGAACCGUGCGCUGCGACCUGGCUGAGGCUUGCUUGCUGAAGGGCACGUACUUCAUGUUAUCGAUGAAAGCAAACGUUGCCUUCUUCAGGUUUUUGUGAGAACAGGUAGCCAGGCAGAGUGAGACGCCUCAGUGUGUGCCCUCCGUGAGUGAAAAGCCACCAGAAAAAUGAUGCAAAAUGUGCAUCCAGCUCCUGAGAAUAAUGAAGAUGAUCUCUAUUCUGGCUACAAUGAUUAUAACCCCAUGUUUGACACAGAGGAUUUAGAAAAUGAUGUAGCUCUUCAACAGACAGCAAGAACAAGUCAUGGAAGAAGACCCCCUGUGACAGCCAAAAUUCCUGCUACAUCAAGUCCAAGACCUCUAGCUACUGGAUUUGGGUCAAAGGCAACUUUAACUUCAUCUAUGGGAAGACCCAUGACAGGAACUAUACAGGAUGGGAUUUCUCGACCAAUGACAGCAGUGCAAGCUGCAGGUUACACUAAAGCAGCUGUGAGAGGUUCUUCAUUUGAUCCUCUUGGCCAAGCAAGAGGUCCUGCUUCACCUUUGGAAAAGAAAACUUCAGACAGUUUGGAGGAGAAGAUGAGGCAGUUGGAAAAAAAAGUUAAUGAACUGGUUGAAGAAAGCUGUGUUGCCAAUAGCUGUGGAGACUUGAAAUUGGCUCUGGAGAAAGCAAAAGAAGCUGGAAGACAGGAAAGGGAAUUGUUGAGACAACGUGAACAAAUCGCUCCUCCAGAAAGUAUCAACUUAGACCUCACUUACACAGUUCUCCUCAAUCUGGCCAGUCAGUAUGUGGCUAAUGAAAUGUAUGCUGAAGCUCUGACUACUUACCAAGUUAUAGUGAAGAAUAAGAUGUUCAGCAAUGGAGGUAUACUGAAGGUAAAUAUGGGAAAUAUUUACUUGAAACAACGGAACUAUUCCAAAGCUAUCAAAUUCUACCGUAUGGCUCUAGACCAGAUUACUAGUUCCCACAAACAGAUGAGGAUAAAAAUAAUGGAAAAUAUUGGAGUUGCAUUUAUUAAAACUGGCCAAUACGUUGAUGCCAUUUCUUCAUUUGAAGAAAUAAUGAACAUAUCCCCAAAUCUGAAGGCAGGCUUCAACCUGAUCCUAUGUUACUUUGCUAUUGGAAAUGGUGAGCAAAUGAAGAAAGCCUUCAAAAACCUCAUCGAAGUUCCCUUGGAAGUAGAUUAUGAAGACAAAUACAUUUCUUUAAAUGAUGAUCUACAUACAAAUCUACUGAUUGAAGCCAUUAAAAAUGACAGUUUAAGUCAAAUAGAACGUGAGAGGAAAUCCUUGGCAGAGGAAUACAUCAUGACAGCUGCUAAACUCAUUGCACCGGCAAUCGAGACAUCUUUUGCAGUAGGCUAUGACUGGUGUGUUGAUGCAGUGAAAGCUUCCCACUAUGUGGAAUUGGCCAAUGAUUUGGAAAUAAAUAAAGCCACUACUUACUUGAGGCAACAGAAUUUUAACCAGGCACUGGAGACUUUGAAAAUGUUUGAAAAAAAGGAUAGCAGAGUAAAGAGUGCAGCUGCAACAAACCUUUCAUUCCUUUAUUAUUUGGGGAAUGAAUUGGAACAAGCAACUAACUAUGCAGAUUUAGCAGUAAAUUCUGAUAGGUACAAUCCAUCAGCUCUAACUAACAAAGGAAAUACUGUUUUUGCAAAUGGAGACUGUGAAAAAGCAGCUGAAUUUUAUAAGGAAGCUCUCAGGAAUGAUUCCUUAUGCACUGAAGCACUUUACAAUCUUGGUUUAGCUUACAAGAAGUUAAACAGGAUAGAUGAAGCUUUGGAUUGUUUUCUGAAACUCCAUGCAAUCCUUCCAAAUAGUGCCCAAGUCCUUUACCAGCUAGCAAACAUAUACCAGGUCAUGGAAGAUCCCAAUCAAGCCAUAGAGUGGCUGCUGCAGUUGAUCAGUGUAGUACCAACCGAUCCACAUGUACUUUCAAAGCUAGGGAAUUUAUAUGAUACUGAAGGUGAUAAAUCCCAGGCUUUUCAUUAUUACUGUGAGUCGUACCGGUAUUUCCCUUCCAACAUUGAGGUCAUUGAGUGGCUUGGAGCCUAUUACAUUGACACCCAGUUCUGUGAAAAAGCCAUUGAGUACUUUGAAAGGGCAGCACUUAUCCUGCCAACACAAGUGAAAUGGCAGCUGAUGGUUGCCAGUUGCUACAGAAGAAGUGGCAACUACCAGAAAGCUUUGGAGAAAUACAAAGUCAUUCACAGAAAAUUCCCAGAGAAUGUUGAAUGCCUCAGAUUUUUAGUUCGCCUCUGCACAGACAUGGGGCUGAAAGAAGUCCAGGAAUACAUAACAAAGCUCAAGAAAGCAGAAAAAUUAAAAGAAAUCAGAGAGCAGCGCGUCAAAUCUGGCAGAGAGGGCAAAGAGGGAGCCGCGCGGAGCCGCAAAGAGGGAAGUGGUGAUAGUGGUGGUACCAAAGGGGAAAGACUGAGUGCCAAACUGAAAGUUCUGCCUGGAACAAAUGAACCCUAUGAAGGUAGCAGCAAUAAAGAAAUAGAUGCCUCCUACGCAGAUCCACUUGGCCCACAACCAGAAAGACCAAAAACAGCAGCAAGAAAAAGAACGGAGGAAGAUGAUUUUGCUGAUGAAGAACUAGGAGAGGAUCUGCUUCCAGAAUAGCAUAUGGGCCACUCAUCUUUUUUUAAUCCUUGUCAAAGUUUUAGCUGAAACACUUUUCAUUCAUAAUGAUUUUUUAGUGUAUUUUUAUAAACUAUUCAUUAAAUACUUUGAACAUGUGGUACUUUAUGUUAAAAACUUGGAUUUGCAUUUGCAAUGUCUUCUGUGAUUGAUUAAAAAAAUAAUGGUGAGGUUAUUUUACUCAUGCAUAGGAUCUACACAAGUACUCAAACACAUUGCAAGCUGUAUCAAAUGUGUAAAGCUUUUGCUUUCAGAAAUACAUACAAUGAUAAUAUUAGAGAGAAAAGCCUCUAAAAUUUCAUCUUUCAAUGCAGAAUACCUCGAAGCAAUGCUUGUAAGGUUGAAAAUCCUGUAUCCUUCAUCCAAAGCCAGAAUUUUUUAAGUCCUGUGAACUGACCUGAAAAUGCUGGGUAUGACCUUGGUCUUCCUUAAAGUCCCAGUUCAUUGAAUCACUUUGCACUGAUACCAAAGAAAGCAUCUUAAUUUUAGCCUACUCUUAGAUGAACUAGGACCAUUUUUGCAGUCUCUCAGCAAAAUGUCCUUAUUUUUAUUGUUGGUUUGGGGUUUUUUGGUUUGUUUUUUUUUUUUUUGAGUGAUCAGAGUUCUCAGGAUUUCAGCCUAGUUUGUUCAGAAUUGCUAAUUAGACUGCAGCUUUUGUCUUAUGUUGGGGACUGUGGCACUGACCACACAGGAGUAGUUUUCUAUAGCCUAACCUGAUUAUGGGCAAAGUUAGUUACAGAAAUCACCAUUUUGCUUAUGAACUGAACAAGUUUGAUCUGAAGUUACUGAGACCUGUUAAAUUCCUGUAGUAGGGAUCACUUUGGGGAGAUAAAAAUAUUAGUGAAGUGUUCAUACUUUCCUAAUAAAUACUUGCAAAACUA